CACAUAAAAGACCUAGGAGAGCCCAAGAAGUCACAGUGCUGGCUGUGAGGGGCUGGGAAUGCCAGAACACCCGGACGCCAUGAAUUGGUUCCUGCAGCCCCGGAGUUUCAUUCUCUGCUGCACGCUCUUACUGUUCUCUCAGACGGGCCUGGCGUAUGUCGCUACCAAAGAAAACUGCUGCAUCUUAGAUGAGAGAUUCGGUAGUUACUGCCCCACCACCUGUGGCAUCUCAGACUUCCUGACCUCUUACCAAAACGAUGUGGACAAAGACCUCCGGGAUAUGGAGGAAAUCUUAACCAGUGCCACAAACAGAACCGCGGAAGCCAAAGAACUGAUCAAAACAAUCCAAGUUUACUACAACCCCGACCAACCCCCAAAGCCAAGUAUGGUAGAGAGUGCCACUCAGAAGUCGAAGAAGAUGACGGAAGAAAUUAUGAAAUAUGAAGCGCUGAUCCUGACACACGAGACAAGUAUUCGGUAUUUACAAGAAAUGUAUAAUUCAAAUAACCAGAAGAUCACGAACCUGAAACAGAAGGUAGCCCAGCUUGAAGAUCAGUGCCAGGAACCUUGCAAGGACACCGUUCAGAUCCACGACACAACUGGGAAAGAUUGCCAGGAAAUCGCCAACAAGGGUGCCAAAGAAAGCGGGCUUUACUUCAUCCGGCCUCUGAAGUCGAAACAGCAGUUCUUAGUGUACUGUGAAAUCGAUGGAUCUGGAAAUGGCUGGACAGUGUUGCAGAAGAGGCUUGAUGGCAGUGUGGAUUUCAAGAAGAACUGGAUUCAGUACAAGGAAGGGUUUGGACACCUGUCUCCCACCGGCACCACGGAGUUCUGGCUGGGCAAUGAGAAGAUUCACCUGAUAAGCAUGCAAUCGACCAUCCCCUACGCGCUGAGGAUCCAGCUCAAAGACUGGAACGGCAGGACCAGCACUGCAGACUACGCCAUGUUCAGGGUGGGUCCUGAAUCUGACAAAUACCGCCUGACCUACGCCUACUUCAUCGGGGGAGACGCCGGAGACGCCUUUGAUGGCUACGAUUUCGGUGAUGACCCCAGUGAUAAGUUCUUCACGUCCCACAACGGCAUGCAGUUCAGCACCUGGGACAACGACAACGAUAAAUUCGAUGGCAACUGUGCCGAGCAGGAUGGGUCCGGUUGGUGGAUGAACAAAUGUCAUGCUGGUCACCUCAAUGGAAUUUAUUACCAAGGGGGCACGUACUCCAAGGCCUCGACUCCGAAUGGCUAUGACAAUGGCAUCAUUUGGGCGACGUGGAAAACGCGCUGGUACUCCAUGAAGGAGACCACCAUGAAGAUAAUCCCCUUCAACAGACUCACCAUUGGAGACGGGCAGCAGCAGCACCUGGGGGCGUCCAAACAGGUCAGCGUGGAGCAUGAAGUUGACAUUGAGUACCCAUAGGUCACCUGCCUACAAGUUCCGAAAGACAUCCACUGGCCUGUACAAUGCGCCAGUGAUCCCCAUAGUCUUACUCUAUUUAUCAAUUUUAAAAUUUAGUUCUUAAAAUGACACUUAGUCCUAAAUGAAAAUGAAAAUCCACUUUGGACCAUAUUUCUAACUGACUGGAAUCAGAUUUAUUAAAAAUUGCUUAUUUUGUUUGACCUUUGCCCUAAGUAUUAAAAGCAAAACUACUGCUUUAUUUUA